UUUCUUCCCAGCGCGCGCGCGCGCGCCGCGCUCCCGGCCACAGAGGCUCAGAGCAUCUCAACCGCCGCGGGACCCCACGCAAAAGUUUGUGAGUGCGCGAAAAAGGGGCGAAAAAAAAAAGAGCAAAACAUCACGCGAGCUCCGUGUCUGGCAACGGGACCGGGAAAGCAGAAGACGGCGAACGGGGCAGCGAGAGAAAGAAGAGCAAAAAAGAAAGAAAGAAAAAGAAGGAGCGCGUGAAUGAGAGGAGCGGAGGAGCGCAGAGGAGCGCAGCGCACUUCGGAAAAACAAAAAAGUUGACUUCCUGCUUCAGGGUGGUCCAGGACUGGGAGAGCCGAGGAGGGCAGCCGCACAGGAGCCGAGCGGAAAUUCCUGCACAGCCGACUCGAUCCCGAGCACGGCGCUAUAUAGCCCGGGGGAAGGGGGUGUAGCGCAGACCCCCGAGGACCACCAGCUCAUGGACCCCAGCUCGUUUUAAGAGGAUCACCCUGCUCAUGCCAAUGUGCCCCUGACCUAGCCACUCUAGCCAUGUACACGCCAUCCAGUGGAUAUGUGGAGCCCUACAUGAGACUGCAUCAUGGUGUCAUGCCAGGCCGAGGAGCAGUGACUGGCCAAGGUCCAAAUGAAGGGACAUACAACCAGCCGAGUCAGCCGAGCUUCAGCAUGGGCACACCGGGCACAGAGUUUGGCAGUGCUACAGAGGUGGCCCGCUACUCCUCAUCCAGGUCCAUGAUGAAGCUCAAUAAGAAGCGGGCGCUGUCUAUCUCGCCAUUGUCCGAUGCCAGCAUUGACCUCCAGACGAUGAUCCGCACUUCGCCCAACUCGCUAGUGGCCUUCUUCAAUUCGCGCUGUGGCUCGGCCACCGGCUCCUAUGGACACCUGUCAGUCGGAGGCAUGAGCCCAUCCAUGGAGCUCAGCUGCUCAGUGAACCAAAGCAAAGCUCUGGGAUGCUCCUAUGGUCAAGUGCCCCCUCUGAGACACCCAUCCGGGCCCUGCCACCUGAUUCCACACGGUGCCAGCAAGCACUGUCAUCUGAAGGCAGAACCCCCGGGUGGCCCCUCGCUGGACAGCCUCAGCCUAAAGGCAAUGGAGGAGCGGUCCGAGAGUGAUGUCCCCAGUCCGUCCUCCACGGGGACUCAGGAUCUGCUGGGAAUGAUGGAUAACCGGGAAGACCAGGAAGAUGGCAAACCUGAGCCUGAGGCAGUUUAUGAGACCAACUGCCACUGGGAGGGCUGCGUCAAGGAGUUUGACACCCAGGAGCAACUGGUGCAUCACAUCAACAACGAGCACAUCCACGGGGAGAAGAAGGAGUUUGUGUGCCACUGGCAUGAGUGCUCGCGGGAGCAGCGGCCCUUCAAGGCUCAGUACAUGCUGGUGGUGCACAUGAGGCGGCACACCGGGGAGAAGCCACACAAGUGCACGUUUGAGGGCUGUAAUAAGGCCUACUCCCGCCUGGAGAACCUCAAGACACACCUGCGCUCCCACACCGGCGAGAAGCCCUACGUCUGCGAGCACGAGGGGUGCAGCAAGGCCUUCUCCAACGCCUCGGACCGAGCCAAGCACCAGAACCGCACUCACUCCAACGAGAAACCUUACAUAUGUAAGAUCCCAGGCUGCACGAAGCGCUACACGGACCCCAGCUCAUUACGGAAACACGUGAAGACGGUCCACGGGCCGGAGGCGCACAUCACCAAGAAGCAUCGUGGAGACGUGGGCCCCACCCGGGUGACGACGGCCACGCAGGGACAUGAGGUGCCCACCAACAAGGACGAGACUAGGCUGAUGCUGCCAGAGCUGGCACUGAAGUCUCAGCCCAGUCCUGGCGGCCAAUCAUCCUGCAGCAGCGAGCGCUCACCGCUGGGCAGCACCAACAACAACGACAGUGGCGUGGAAAUGAAUGCCAAUGCGGGGGGCAGCCUGGAGGACCUGAGCACCCUGGAGGACUCGGCUGCCGUCUCCGCCCAGGCCCUGCAGCGCCUCGAGAACCUCAAGAUCGAUAAACUCAAGCAGCUCCGCCAGCCCACGCCACCCACCCGGGGCGUCCGGCUGCCUGCCAUUCACACCCACUCAGAGCCAGGGCCCUGGACUGGGCCAAGGAUGCGUCCCGCUGACCGCUCUCAUCCGCCAGUGGACCCUCUCAUCGUCCCGUCAAACCGAAGGGUCAUGGAGCUGUCCAGCGGUGACCUGACCACCUUGUGCCAGCUUGGCGAGCGGCGCCACAGCAGCACCAGCAGCAUGAGCUCCGCCUACACGGUCAGCCGACGCUCCUCCCUCGUCUCCCCGUACCUGUCCAGUCGGAGGUCCAGCGAGGCGUCCCAAGUCGGGGGUCACCCCCAGGUGGCUGAGAACGAUGCACCCCCAGUCGCACCACCUGGCUUGGCGCACUUCACGCCUGCCCAGCAGUACAGCCUAAAGGCCAAGUAUGCAGCAGCCACCGGGGGGCCGCCUCCCACUCCACUGCCCAAUAUGGCUGACUACAAAGGGCAGCCGAGGGCAUUGCGCAGGCACAGUGCCAAUGAGUAUGGGCACUACAGCCCAAGCCUGGCCCCCCAUCAGGCUCCUGGGUUUGGCCCACGCAGAGCCAGUGACCCAGCGCAGCAACAGCAGGCACCCGCCAGGGUCCAGCGAUUCAACAGCCUGGGUGAUAUGACCGCCCCACCAACCUUAGGGCACUACAGGAGUUCAGAGGGUAGCAUGCCUGGGCACACAUACUCGCCACGGCCCCCCAGUAUUACAGAGAAUGCCCUACUAGAAAAUGCGGAGCUGCCCCCUGUUGUCAUGCCCACUGCCAGCACUAGCUUCAUGUCACCCUCCAACUAUGGGGGCUACCAGCAGGAAGCCGAACAUUGCAGCCUGCAGGUGACUGGCAUGGAGCAUUGGGGCCAGACAAGCCCUGGGCGAGCAGUUCAGAAUGCCCGUGGUAUGCCCGCAAAUGCCUACCCAGCCCAGUGCCAGCAGCAGGCACACAGCACCAUGUUCAGUUGCAAAGAGAAGAAUGGUGCCCUGGCAGCGGGCAUCAUCAAGCCAGAGCAGCACCUCCAGCAGUAUCCUGUGCCCAACUUGAGCUCAUGCCGAGGCCCACAACAACCUGCCCCUGCCAGUUGUGACUACCAGGGCCUCCAGAGCUGCUACCACGCCGGGCGCCGGGCUCAGACACCUAUGAUGCAGGUCAAGGAGAUGAUGGUGCGCAACUACGUGCAGUCGCAGCAGGCCCUGCUGUGGGACGGGCAGCAGAAGGACGAGGUGGCAGCACAGCCAUAUGCCAGCCAAGAUUACCUGGCCUGCAGUGCCCCCAGUGGCCAAGCUUACAGGCAUGAGGUGCUAGCCCAACCUACGCAGCGACGAGGCCAGCAGCGGCCCCCUGUUGUGGACGUCCACUGCAGCAGUCUACCCACCGAUGGCAGCAGCUCCCUCUGCUACUCCGGGCACCUCGAGAUGCGCCAGGCCGAAGUCCAUGGCAGCCAGCAACAGCAGCAGCAUCACGGCCCACUCCUUAGCUACCCCGAGUCGUCGCCGCUGGACAACCUGGACCUGGAGAACACCCAGAUUGACUUUGCAGCCAUCGUGGACGACGGUGAGCACAACCCAAUGAUGCCCGCUGGCCUCCCGAGCUCGCCGCAGACCCCUCGGUCACUGCAGUCUGGACUGUCCAACAUGGCGGUGGGGGACAUGACGUCCAUCCUGACAUCACAGUUUCUCAAUAGCUUGUCUUAAGAGUGCACCAAAGAGAGCUGGUCACCAGCAGGGGGCGCUGCCCCAGGUUUUCACAGGAAAUAAAUUUCUAUUUUUGUUUGAUA